CGGGUGUACAACAUGAACGAUUUCCUAUCCUUACCUCACGUUAUCUUCUCAAUGCCCCCUUCGUCUCAUCAAAACCAUCUUACUGUCCCAAGCAUGACUAAUCUCCGCCCCUCUAUCCGCUGCGAUGCGAUAUCCUUCAUAAACUCCCGCCCAAGCCUGAGCGAAGGUCGCAUACGCUCAAGUGAAGACCGGAUACGCACCAGUGAAAGCAACAAACGGACGAGUGAGACUUAUCCGCGAUGCAAAGAAAGUCAUCUGCGCCCCAGCAACUCCAAAGACUUUCCCACCGAUGCCCCCACAAUGCAUUCAGCCCCUCGGCCCGUCGCCUGCAUAAAGUCCUCAUAUACGAACUACAUCAGACCCGUGGAUACCGCCAGUGACACAGGAGAGCCAGGAUACACAACGAUCUCAUCCACCGCCUCAUCACCCCUGGUUAAUGAUAAAUCAGGUCUAGCAUGCGGAAUCACAAGAGGAUUUCGGGGUUUGUCCCAGGGCUGCGCGCGGUUACGGGUGAGAUGGGUGCGCGUGCGCGGUCGAGGUCAAGGUCGAAAGCACGUGGUUAGACGGUGUAGGGGAUCGGGGCUUUUGUUGGAGGACGAAGAAGGAAAGGACGAUGUGACCGAUGAGGAGGAGGCUGAAAGAGUGUUUUUCGCUUAUAAAUGAAGAAGGAAAAAAUUGGUAUCAUUCUCGCUAGUACAGGUUAGGAACAAAUAUAGCUAGGUAGACGCUCAUAGAGAUA